UUCUGGUUUAGUCAAAAAGGGAGGGGAAGAAGAGAGGGAAAGAAAAAGGAAGCUCUCCGAUAAUUUAGUUUUGUAUUUUUCCAAAGUUACACAAACUUUCCCAAAACAGGUCUGAUUGGAGGCCUUGUGGGGAUCAACAUGCUGAAGAGAGAGAUCUGAAGGGAAAGACGGACACCAGUUUGUCAGAAGUUGUGCACAGCUGAUGACAACAUCAAAUAUUUAUUCUUUUUAAGGCCUUGGGCCCUCGAGUGAUUAUAAAGAGUUUCCAGAGCUAAGUGUCUGAACUUGCUGGGUGGAAGUACAGGAACAGAACGGUUGACAGUGUUACAUUACAGGCAGAGACCCUGGACAGAGAAAGAGAGAGACAAUGUCCUCUGAACUGGACUCCAGUCUCACCAGUAUUGACUGGCUGCCUCAGCUGGGAAUCAGCAGCUUGCGCUCAGGGAGAGAGAGAGGAGGAGGCGAGAGGGACAAAAAGAAAGAGAGAGAGAAGGAGAGGGGAGACUUCCUACCCUCUUUGCCGGACCCCUCCCCUUCUAAUUACAAGGGGAAACCCCCUCACAGCUAUGCCACUCUCAUCGCUAUGGCAAUAGCAGCUGCACCUGAGAGGAAGUUGAGUUUGAAUGACAUCUACACCUGGAUCAAUGACACAUUUCCCUACUACAGCCGAGCUGGCCGUGGAUGGAAAAACUCCAUUCGGCAUAAUCUGUCCCUUAAUAAAUGCUUCAGGAAAGUUCCUCGGCCACAGAAUGACCCCGGCAAGGGUUCCUAUUGGACGAUGGAUGGCCCUGCGGAGGUGAAUCAGGUGAGGGCACCUAAACGUCCCUAUCCAGAGGAGGAAGAGGAGAGGCAGCAUGAUUGUAAUAACUUUUCCACCCUUACAAAUAGUAACGCUGUUCUGUUACAGGAUUCUCAAGCACCAGGGACAGAAGCAGAGAGACAAGCCUCUCCUCUUCCACCACCCCCCCACACAGACCACCAGCUUCUUAACACAGAGCCCCUGGGAGCCGUCCGGCAGCAGCCACCCCACUCUGCCUCCCUCUCUCCUCCCCCAUGCAAGCAACAGUCACCCUACAUGCCAAGCCCUCUGUCCACUCACCCUGUCCAGCAUCCAUCAGUCUCUCCUCCAGCUGGACUUCCUUCUGCUGCCUCCAUGUCUACUACCAAUUCCUUCCCACCUUGCCAUCCACACGGCCACACUUUCUCUGUCCCCACUGCCUCUGCUACACCUCUGUCUGCUGCCAAUAUGUCUUCUCCCGCUUUCUCUGGUGCCAAUCUGUCUUUUCCUGCUAAUUCAAUAUCUGUUCCCACUUUCUCUUGCGCUCCUAACUCAGUGUCUUCUUGCACUGUGUUAGGACCCACUCAUUCCUCUGCAUGCGUUGUCCCUUCAUCUGUUGCUGCCCCUCCUGUUGUCUCAUCAAACUCCUCUUCUGAGCCUCCGCUGCGUUUCACCUUCGAUGAGAUGAACUUACCAGACUUGUAUGCGUCUUUCAAGUCUCUCUUCAAGACCAUGCGGGAGAAGGGAGGCUCACAGUCGGAUGUUGCUCCCCUGGCUGUUCUGAACAAUGACACUACCCCACUGCACACGCCGACUCUGCUCCCAAUGUCUCCCCACCCUGCACCGGCUUCACACCCUCCUGAGACAGAGCGCAUUCCACAUUACACAGUGCCAGCUGACUGGUUCAAUAACCAAGAUUCUCUGAAGAAGAGCUUCCACAUCGCCAGCAAUCUAGACUGGGCAAACAUAGACCUAUCCGGUCACCCAGACCUCCUAGAGAGCAUGCGACAGGCAGAGCUCUGCGACUGGGCCCUGGACCCGACACUCUUCACUUCCCUCUGUGACUCUCUGAACCGCUUCUUCACCCAGAAAGGCAUGAUCAACUCUGGGAAUAACUCCCCACUAGCCCUCGGUUCACCUCACUCCUUACAGGUCCCAACAUUCCCCUCCAAUCCACCUCCUACCCUCGCCAGCCUCACUCACCCCUCACCCCUCCCUUACUCUCCCAUAGUUCACCCUGCCAGUGGAGUGCAGCCACCCCGGAGGGCUCUGCACAUGCAGGGACAGGGCCUUCAAAGACCACAGCUAACACAACCUGCUAACACUACUGCUGGGAUGCAGCCUCAGUCUAUGACACCCCGACAGCACCCUCCAUUAAAAAGUCUGCACAGCAACAGUGAGGAGUUCCAGGAUGACUUUGACUGGGAUUCUCUGCUCGGUUGACCCUCAUUGUCUGCGUGGAGGAACGGAUUACAACAAAACUUUGCAGUAAAAUGUGGCUCUUCACAGCAGUCCUCACUAAACUCGAUGCUGAGGCUGCCUGUUACUUGUGCAUCUUGAAGUUUCUCAGGGUGCAAGUUUGUCACAUGUGACUGAACACUUUAUUUCAAGGUUGAAAUAUAGUUGUACAUGUUUUCACCUUCAUUCAAAUUCAUAUGCUGUAAUAACUGUUUAGCUUUUCUUCUGUAGGUUAUUGGCUGGGUGUUUUAUUCUGUUUGAUUUUAAAGUCAUAAACAUGUUCACCAAAGAAAAGAAACUGUAAAUAUAUUCUUAUCACAUUUUUGUUCUCUGCAGCAGAAAAAGCACGUAUGGGAUAUAGACUUUAACUAAAACGCAAGCAUGAAACAAGCCAAACAUCCUGUUUUUGUUUUAUUUCAUAAAUUCCUUUUGAUUUUCUUUCCAUUUUACUUUUCAAAUGUGAAUGUUCACAGUCAUCACCACACAAAAGUCAACCUUACCUGAUAAAAGAGAUAUUUUUUCUUGUUGAUAUAAAAUAACAAUAAAUUCAUCAAACUAAAUUAAAAGAACAGCAUGAAGCAUGUUGUCAAGUCCCAGGUUGUUUUCUUCAUUUCAUUCAUUCAUUCAUUGAAAUAACUGUCUUAUAUUUUAGAGAAGCAUCGGUAUGGUACUCUCCCUCCCUGAAGGAACGAGGGAUGACACAGGUAGACAGUGGUGGACAACUCUGGGACACCUGGACACCAGGGAUCCCAUAUAAAAUGUGAUUGGAAAAAAUCUAAUGCUUCUGAUUAACAAAAAAAUAAAGUGUGAAAUAUGAUUGGCAGAAAAAUGUGUGACCCUUGUAAUACCUCAUUUGAAAUCCCAACAUUACAUAGUAUUAAUACAAGUGACAAUUUCUUUUUAAAAACAAAAAUAAUGUAUGUCAUUUCUUCCUUUCUGGGUCACUGAAAUAAGUUCAGACAGAAACAAUGGAGACAGAUAUUGAUACAUAAACACAGAAACUAUUGCAUACUCACAAAUGAGCAUACAUCUUUUCAUUCACACAUUGCUGCAAACACAUACAAUCAACAAACAUCCCAUAAUUUCCCCCCCAUCAGACCACAGAUGUUAGCGCUCUCUUUAAUUUUCUACAAUAGUAAGG